AUGCCCGGUACUUCGUCACCACUCCCGGCGCCGAGUGCCGAGGGAGGCGGCAUCUUCAACUUGGCCCAGACCCAAUUCACUCCGAUUUUGAUCCGAAACAUCCUGUGCCAAACCCCGCUCUCCUGCCAGCCCAUCCUAGGCAACGGCAGCACCCUCCAGAUAUCCUGUGAUUGUUGGUCGAAGGGUCAGAGCGACACCCGCUAUCCCCUCAUCGCCAACUUCAACUCUUUGGGCCAGCGCGUCACGGACCUCGAGAACAGCCCGGGGGUGGACCCCGCGACGGACCUCGCCGUCAACAGCCUCACGGCCACGAGCUUCGUGGACACGCCACUGCUGCAGAGCGCUGCAGCCGAUCUGCAAAUCCGGAACGCCACCACCACCAUCCGCGCCGAAGACGGCACACUGGUGGCCUCCUUCGCCGCCGGCAACAUCGGCCUGGAGCAAGACGUCACCGCACCGCUGGUGCGCUCCGAUCCGGCGGCGCCCUGGCUCACGGUGCAGGGCGGCACAAACGGGAUUCUGAUGGAUGACACGGUGCGGAUCAACGGGGUGCUGGGCCCCGAGGCUUCGCUGCCCUUCCUGUCCCUCUCGGGUGGCAGCAGCGGCGUGCAGGUCCUUUCGCCGCUGCUGGAGCAGAUCGCCGUGGGACCCACGGACGGUACUGUGGGCAUGGUGAUCCGCAACGCAGCGCCGACGGGCGAUGCCCACCUGCUCCUCGACGCCAACGGCCAGAACGGCUUGGCGGUGCUCAAGGCACAGGCGGGUGGGGGCGUGCAGCUCAACACCUUGUUUCAGUUCAUGAGUUUCAACACAACCAACGGCCUGGCGAAUUUGGCCAUCGAACCCAACAUCGGGGGCAGCAACGACGGGGAGGUGCGCAUCAGCGAGUGGACCGCAGGGAGAUGGGAUCUCUCCAUAACCUGGCGGCAGGGCGCAAACAAGCAGGAAGCUCCGCCAGCCUUGUGCCCCGCGCCUUGCCGUCUGGAGGAAAGCAGCGCAGACAAUGUGGUUCGCUUGCUGGAGCUGUGGUCACCCGAGUGGAAGCAUCGCGGCCGCCAGCGGGCUAUCGGCUCGGGGUCGUAUGAGCUGUAUUGCACUCUGGGACUCUUCGCCUAUGGAGGCAACGAUCCCAUGCUCUCAAAAGCUUCCGUCAACCGAGACGCCUGCGUGGCACUCAAUCACUUUCUGCGAUAUCGCUUUCCCGAUGCGACUUGGACUUCCAUCGCGGUGGUGCUGAACCCUCGCAUUGGUCUGCAUCGAGACAUUCUGAACAUGAUUGGCAAGCCGAACCACGCAAUCGCUCUCGGGUCCUUCACGGGAGGCAGGAUCUGGGUCGAAGACGAUGAUGGCGCGGCUCCGGAACUGCGAGUUACGAAGCGCAACACUCAGCAGCUUUGGGGCUCAUGGACAGACAUGCACGACAAGCCCGUCUCUUUCAACGCUCGCCGCUAUCACAAAGUGGAGCCCCAUGAGGGCCGCAUGUGGGCCAUCGCCGCUUACACACCCCAAGCGUUCGCGCGCUGCUCUCAGGAAAACUGCGAUGCAGCCACAUGUCUGGGCUUCCCGACGGGAAAGAGUGAAGGCACCAAGGCACGGCAGGUUGCAGGAAAGAGUAGCCACACAAAGUAG